ACGUCGCUAUGGUAGUAGCAAAACACGUAACGGUUUUGAAAAUCUAGUUGACGAUCAAAACAUUGUUACUAUAAUCAAACACAUAGAGUAAAUUCAAAUGUAAAUUCUAUACAAUCGAGUUUAUAUGUUUCCUUGUGACUACAUGUGUCAAUAUGUAUCAAAGCUAUUGUGGUAAGCAUGGACUGUACCAGCAUUCGUAUGGUGAAUAUGGAAGUAAAUCCAUUGGAGAGCCUGAUUGGAUACCACAUGUACGAAAUGCCUUAGAUUACCCUGAUUGUCAAGAACAUUCACCAAAGGGUGGAGACGGUUUGGAUUGGUGUUCAACAAUAAGAUGUCCACCAAAGUAUGUUGAAGAGAAAUUUACCAAAGCACAAAGCAAACUACCUUCUCCAAUUUCAAAGGGAAACACAUGCAAGGAGAUUGCAACUCAAGAAACUGAAAAAAUUGAGCAUCUUAAAAAAUGAGGAUGAGGUACACAGAUUGUAAAGAAGAAAACUGGGAACUAACAUUAGAGAAAUGUUUAGGAGAGAAAAGAAAAG